UAUGUACCUGAGCGGACUCCCUGAGCCGGUAGAGCAGACCCAGCCCGUCCCGGCUCACACUUCUCAUCCCGACCUGAAGCCCACAGCAGCAGCAUGAGCGGAGAUCAGCGCAACGUCCUCAGUGCCCGCAUCGUCGGAGGCGUCCGCAGGGACAAACCCAAACUUAAAAUGUUCAUGGUGUCGGUGUUAUGGUCUGAUGAGACUGAAGUCAUCAUCUACAGGUCCUUCCAGGAUUUUAAGAAAUUCCAUAGGGAGCUGAAGAAGAGGUUCCCUAAUUUUAAUCCUCUUCGGAAAAAUGACGAAAGAAUGAUUCCAAAGUUUAGUGGAAAGGCCAGGAGGAACAGCCUCCAGCAGAAAGGAUCCAGAAAGUCUGUCAGGCAGAUGAAGUUCCUGGAUAGCUACAGCGACAAACUGCUCAAGUGUGACCUAACUGUGACCCAGAGCUCAGAGGUCCGACGGUUCUUCACACCCAAAGACCAUGACAUGCAGCAAGACUUCACCAAAAACACAGUUAUGAUCUUCAUGUCUGAAGAUGUGCCCGGUGUCGGAGCGGGGGACGCUACAGCCCGCCACUUUGCAGGCAACGUGACCCACCCGUUUGUCACCCAGACCUACCGCUGCGUGGCAGCUUAUGAGACAAAGGACACCAAGAACCGACCCUUCAAGGUGGCCAUGGACGAGAAGCUGGAAGUCCUGAUCAAAGACCCUGCAGGUUGGUGGCUGGUGGAGAACGAGGAUAAACGUCUGGCUUGGUUUCCCGCCCCCUAUCUGGAGUUACUGGAUGGAGAAGAGGAGGACGAUGUCGGAUCCAUGGGAGGUGCCCUGUACUGCGCUGUGAAGAGUUACACAUCAAAAAAGAACGACGAGGUGUCUGCUCCCAUUGGCUCUGUGGUGGAGGUGCUGAGGAAGUCUGACGACGGCUGGUGGCUCAUCAGAUUCAGUGGUAAGGUCGGGUACAUCCCCUCUAUGUACCUGCAGCCGUACAACAACCCACGGGCAGGCCUUUAUGGCCUUCACAGAAAGAUGCUUGGCUCCUCUCUGAACCUGGCGAGCGGCAGGGAUCCUCAGCCUUCUUAUCAACCCAGAGUCAGUGACGAAAAGCACCCGGGUCAGGACUGUCCCGGCCCCUCCAGCCUUGAGGCCAGCGUCCCUGCCCGCAUCCACAAGGCCCAGUCCCUGGAUGUGCUCUCCGAGUCCUGGCUGCCCACCCAGACGGAGGCAGAGGCCUCCACCUCCGACAGCCGUGGGCGCAGCUUGAGCCGCGACAGCACCGAGUCCAUGUUCUCUGACUUCUCCUCCAGCAGCGGCGACUCCUCAAGGUUGAAAGAAGUGGGACAGAGCCCCACGGGCUACUCCACUGCUGCAGACGGCUGUGACAGUUCAGGUGACCGCCCGGAUCACAGCUUGUACGAUCGUCGAAUCUCCCACACCAGCUCUAAUUCCUCUGGAUCUGCCGGGUCCAAAACCAGUGAGACACUUCCCAAGAUACCUCCCAGACCCAAAACCGAAGAGAUUCUGAAUCGCUGCACCACCAUGACACGCAAGGCAGCCUUGGCCGCCAGCGAGAACCUUCACAGUCGACUAUGAAUGGCUACGAAUGGCUCCUGUUUUCUUAUUUCUUGAAAUCUCU